UCUGCCUUCGAUUCUUCAGUCGAGUCGCGAAAGUCGUCGAGUGCGUUUGGUUCGCUGGCUCGUCGGCAGUCCAGCUAAAAGAAAACAAGCAGAAAGUCCAAGCCACUAAAAAUAUUUAAAAAAGAAAAGAAAACAAACUGAGAAAGAGAAAGAAGCUGCUGAAAGAGGUGAACAAACAAGCAGGGAUCACCGAAAUCAUCAUCAUCAUCACGAAAUUUUGUGCGCGCAGUCUUCGCCGUUAUGCAAUUGAAGUGCGUCCAUAAAAUGCCGAGAUAGCAACAAUUUCGAUUUAAUUAAUUUCAGUGGGGAAUUAGAAAUUUUUCGCGCGAGUUUAAAAGACGCAUAAAUACCCGUGCCUUCGCCGCCCGUUGUCCAAAUUAAAUGCCAAAUUAAAUAUUACAAUUUAUGGCAAACUCGUUUAGCCCAGCCCAGCAACCAAAAGUGAAAUUAAUAAAGUGAAAAGCAAACGGCAAUUGUAGCAAAGGCAAUUACAAAAUCAAUAUAAAUAAUAAUAGAAAAUCAUUGUUGCAGCAUUGGAGGAAAAUACGUAAAGAAAUAACAACAGUUAGGGGCAAACACUUUUCCUCGUCGUCGCUCUGCAAAUACGUAAUCAUUGGGAAAAUAUCAGCAAUUUUGCAACAGUUUCGACACAACAACAACAACAACAACAGCAGCAGCAACACCAGCGACUGCAGCAACAAAAACAAAAAAAAACAAAAGUAAUUGAGCAGAAAGAGGACAGAGACCCCAGAAAUCACACAAGAUGGUGUCGCGUCGAAAAAUUCUAUCACGUUCACGCGACGAUCUUAAUCUUGACCAGACAUUUACCCAACAGGAGGAGGAGGAGGAUAUCUGGUACCAGAAGGAUAAACUAUACAAGGAACACAUUCAGGAAGUGCUGGACAAAUGGACCCAAAUCGACGACGAGAUCUGGGCCAAAGUGAUCGUCUUCGAGCGGAAUCGUCGCGUGGCCAAGGCGUACGCACGCGCUCCGGUGCUGACCAUUAAUGGAUCCGACGAUGGCUUCGACGGCAUGCGAAUCGGCCUGUGCGGCUUCGACAAUCCGAUGAGGGAUCAGAAGACCGACGAGAUGAAGCGCGUCAUCGGACAGGGUGUCAAAAUCAAAAUGGACGAUGCUGGAAACAUACUCAUCCGGCGGUACGCCAAAAGCAAUGUCUAUGUGAAGAGCACCGCCAGCAGUCCCAACGAGGAGACCUCCAUCGGUGCCGAGAUCUUAAAGCUGCCCAAUCAGGCGCUCGAAUCCGAAAAAAUAGUCAAGCUCUUCGACAUGAAGAAGUUCCAGUCGAAUGUGAAUCGCGAAUUGCGACGCGCCUAUCCGGAUCGCCGCCGCUUGGAGACGCAGUGCCUCUCCUCGGUGGCGUUUGUCAAGUCGGAGAACGACGUCUUGGAGUGCCCCAUCUGGGUGCUCAUCGUCAAUGUGGUGGCCAUGGAUAUGCUGAAGAGCAAGCUGCCGCCUGUGCAACGUCCCAUUGUGGACAUCAAGAACCGCCCGCGUAUUCCGAUUCCCGACGAGGAUCCCUACAGUGUGGCCGGCAACGGAAGUGGAGGCAGUUCCGGCAGCUCUGGCUUCGGCAGUGGCCACCAGGCGCAGCUGCAUCCACAGCAGCAGCAGCAGCUGGGCAAGCACCUCAACGGCAACGGAGGAGGACAUGUGGCCGCCACCCGGGAACAGCUGCUGCUCCAGACGCAACAACUGGCCCACAAGCGCAGCGAGAAACCUCCAAAGCUGCCGCCCAGGGAUAAUAUCUAUUCGCACGAUCUGAUUCCAAAGCCGGACUACGAUGACAUUGACUUGGAGACUCGCAUCAAACUGUCGCGUGGAAAAUCGGACAAGGGCAAAGAUAACAAAAAAUAUGAUGAUCCCUACUACUGCGGCCUGCGGGCCCGAGUCCCGAACUUUGUGAAGUCCGGCAAGCCGAUCUCCUCGGCGGCCAAGGACCAGCGAGACGGCAAUGCGAACAACAUCGGCAACGGCGGCAUCAGCACGCUCAGCCAGAAGAAGACCUCGAUGAUCCACAACCACCUGGGCGGCAUGCAUCCGCACCACAUCCAGCAGCAGCAGCAGCAGCUGAUGGCCGCGGCGGCGGCUGCGCAUGCGGCCCAGCACCACCAUGCGGGUCACCAGCGGGAGCAGCAGCAGCACCACCAGAUUUGGCAGACUCGCAGCUAUGAGAGCGGCAUAGGUAUUUAUAAACAGGGCGGGCCCAACGCGGCCCACCCACCACACAAAUCGCACGCACUGCAAAUGCAAAUGCAUCAGCAACUGCAACAUCAACAACAUCAACCACAGUCACUGCCAACGGACCUAACAGCAACCACUGCAACAGCAACCACCAAGACACAAAGCACAGCUAACCAACCACGUAGCCACCACCAGCCACAUCCGCAUCUGCAUCCGCACGCACAUCCGCACCACAGACACCACCGGCACGGUCACGGGCACCACUGCGAACGGCACGCCCACCUGCAGCAGCAACAUGUGUUGCAGCAGCAGCAACCGUACUACGACAAUCUGGAGAAUCCCGUGGCUCCUCCUCCUCGCUCAGUGUCCCGGCGUCCCUCCACCCGCCGUUCGGCGCCGGAGGAGAGCUCCUCCGCCUGCAAUUGCGUUAGCUGCUAUGCUCUGGCUCCCCUCUGCGGAGCAGUGCCUCCGCCGCGACCGCAAAGGAGCCUGAGCCAGCAGCAGUUGAGGCGUCACCAGCGGCUCAGCGGCAGCCAGGUGGAGCCCGAAGUCCGGCCGGGUGUGGUCAAGUGGUGCAGCGAGAGCGAUGUCUCGGUGCUGGAGCUGGAACCCACGGCUAACGAACGCUACGACGACUGCUACGAGUACGACGACUUCGACAUGGCUUUCGACCUGGACGACGACCUGGGCCUGACCGAGAACAUACGACGACGCAAGGGCACCGAGACGGUGGACAUGUACGUGGAUCGCGCCCAGCUCCGCCAGCUGCAGACGCCGGCAGUGCUGAGGACCAAGUCCCAGUCCACCGAGAGCUUCUUCGAGCAGCCCAACGAGGAGGGCUCACUGUACAUGUACGGCGGCAGGAAGCGGAUCGCGGUGAAGGCGCCGUCGGCGGCGAACAUCUAUGACCGGGUGCGCGGCUCCAUGGACUCCACGGAGAGGGCAGGACGCAGUGCGGCAGGACCAAAAAGGGGCCAGUGCCAUAAGAAGCCCCAUCUGCCGCCGCCUAGUUGGCGGGGCGGCAAGCGACAGGAGCAGGCUCAAAACGCUGACAAAAGACAAAGAUAUGACAAUGCCAUUGGCAACGGCAACAGCAGCAACAACCAACACAAAAGACAGCUAACGAACGCCAAGCAAGACAAUGACGACAUGUUGAAAAACAAAAAUUAUUUCAAUAGUAAAAACAAAAGUAUAGCAACAGCAACAGUCGCAGCAGCAGCAGCAGCGAAAGCGACAGCAACAUCAGCCAGCACAGCAGCAACAUCUGGAGGUGGAGCAGCCGCCGGAGCAACAGGAGUUGCCGGGGGAAAGGCCCGAGGAGCCCCAGCUACAGACAAUGCCACAUCGGCCAGUGGGAUACAGUCUGCUCCUCCUCCUCCGACGGCCACCAGGACCGGACGCAGUGCCAGCCGCCUUGACAUCAGCGACAUGGAGUCCAUUUAUGGCUACCUAAAGCCCCGCAAGCCGCGCAGCCUCAGCCUGAAGAAAAUCCAAAUACUCGACUACUGAAUUCGUAUGGGGUUGCUCUAGAUCGA